GUUUCUAACUCGCUGCCUGCUUCAUUAUCUCCUCACUGGGGCAGCAUUUUCAGUCAGAAAAUUUAAAAUAUGGUGAAGCUACAGUUGCCCAAUCGUGGCCUGGAGGACAGGAUACCUUCCCAUGCAGAACUUGAGGUCCUUGAGAAAGAAGAGGCAGACUCCAGACCAAAAUGGGAUAACAAGGCUCAGUAUAUGCUGACGUGCGUAGGGUUUUGUGUGGGCUUAGGAAAUGUGUGGCGGUUCCCAUAUCUCUGUCAGAGCCAUGGAGGAGGAGCCUUCAUGAUCCCUUUCUUGAUUUUGCUAAUCCUGGAGGGUAUCCCCCUGCUUCAUCUUGAGUUUGCCAUUGGUCAAAGGCUGAGGAAAGGCAGCGUGGGAGUGUGGAGCUCUAUCCACCCUACCCUGAAAGGGGUUGGCAUAGCGGCAAUGUGCGUAUCUUUCCUUGUGGGUUUAUAUUAUAAUACUAUUAUUGCCUGGGUAAUGUGGUAUUUCUUCAACUCCUUCCAAGAGCCCCUGCCUUGGAGUAGCUGCCCUCUCAAUGACAACAGAACAGAUUACAUAGAAGAGUGUGCCAAGAGCUCUCCUGUAGAUUAUUUCUGGUACAGAGAAACAUUAAACAUCUCCACUUCCAUUGAAGAUUCAGGCUCUAUACAGUGGUGGCUCUUGUUAUGUUUAACAUGUGCAUGGGGUGUACUUUAUGUGUGCACAAUCAGAGGCAUCGAAACAACAGGAAAGGCUGUGUAUAUAACAUCAACUCUUCCAUACCUUGUGCUUACAAUUUUUCUAAUCCGUGGCCUGACGCUGAAAGGAUCAACCAGUGGAAUUGUGUAUCUCUUCACCCCUAAUGUUACCGAGCUGGCUAACCCAGUGACCUGGCUGGAUGCAGGUGCUCAGGUGUUUUACUCUUUCUCCCUGGCCUUCGGAGGCCUCAUUUCAUUCUCCAGUUACAACUCUGUUCACAAUAACUGUGAGAAGGAUGCCCUGAUUAUCUCAGUGAUCAAUGGUUUCACAUCCAUCUAUGCAGCAACUGUCAUAUACUCCAUCAUUGGAUUCAGAGCCACAGAAAGAUAUGAUGACUGUUUUGACAAAAAUAUUCUCACUCUGAUGAAUGCAUUUGAUUUGCCAGAAGGUAAUGUAACGCAAGAUAACUUUGAACAAAUGCAGCAGCUGUGUAACAUGACUGAUCCAUUGACCUUUGCAAGCCUGAAGUUUGAAACCUGUAAUCUGGAAACUUUCCUGAAUGAUGGAGUUGAAGGAACUGGACUUGCCUUUAUUGUCUUCACUGAAGCUAUCACCAAAAUGCCCGUCUCACCUUUGUGGUCCAUUCUCUUCUUCAUCAUGCUCUUCUGUUUGGGUUUGUCAUCGAUGUUUGGAAAUAUGGAAGGUGUGCUUGUACCUUUACAAGAUCUUAAGAUUAUACCCCCCAAAGUGCCCAAGGAACUUGUUACUGGUCUCAUUUGUGUGGGGUCUUACUUGAUAGCUUUUAUUUUUGUGCUGAAGUCUGGUAAUUACUGGCUGGCUCUAUUUGACAGUUUUGCCGGCUCUAUUCCUCUGCUGAUAAUUGCAUUUUGUGAGAUGUUUUCAGUCGUCUACAUUUAUGGAAUAGACAGGUUUAAUAAGGAUAUUGAAUUCAUGGUUGGACACAAGCCAAAUAUCUUCUGGCAGAUCACCUGGAGGGUUAUCAGUCCUCUUAUUAUGUUAGUUAUUUUCUUCUUCUAUUUUGUGGUGAAAGUCAGGGAAGAACUACUCUACAGCGUUUGGGAUCCUAGCUAUGCGGAGUUCCCCAAAACAGAGAAGGUUGAAUAUCCCGGCUGGGUGUAUGUUAUUAUUGUAAUCCUCGCUGGAGUGCCUAGUUUGGCGAUUCCUACCUUUGCCAUCUACAAAGCCAUCAGAAAUUGCUGUCAGAAAAAAAAUGAUCAUACGGGCCUUAUCAUCUCCACAUCUGAGACUUCAGUUAAUGGAAACUUAAAGUAUUCAGCAUAAACCCAUUUAAAAA